AUGGCUAACGUUGGUCACGACCCUCGCAUUUACAAUACGCUCCUCACGCUCGGAUGGAUAUUGAUGGUACCCGGACAAUCCAUGGUUUUGUACUCGCGCCUACACCUGAUAUCGCCCAACCUCAGGCUUCUGCGAUUCAUCUUUUGGGUCAUCAUUGUUUCAGCAGUAUGCCUUUGCGUGCCGACCGUAGUCCUGAAUCUACGAUUAUUCACCAAUCACCCAGAGCGAUAUCUUCGCGGCUACAUGGUCAUGGAGAAGAUACAAAUGACUCUCUUCACUAUCCAGGAGAUCUCGAUAUCCUGCAUCUACCUUUGGGAGACUCGGAAGCUGAUGCGCGUAAUCUUUGACGGAAAGGCCAGAAAGUGGAUGUGGCAACUCGUCGCAAUGAGCUUACUCCUGCUGAUACUGGAUAUUGCGUUGCUUACGACGGAAUUCUUGAAUCUCUACAUGAUACAGACGACCUUCAAAUCACUUGUUUACAGCUUCAAGCUCAAGAUCGAGUUCGCAGUACUCAGUCAAAUCGUGCGCGUCAUCCAAGAUCGUUCGCAGUCUAGCCGCUCAGACAUAACGCCCCCGUCGGAUUUGGAGCGCCAACUCAACACCCGAAAGCCAACGUCCAGUCAAGUGUCAGAGGUGGAGAGUUUGCAACGCAACGUACCACUUGAAUGGCGCUUGUCAAGAGAGGCGACAUCUUUUGUUUCGCCAGUCGCUCUCACUAUGGCGAAGAGACAAGACAUCAAAAGCGCUAGGUGCAGCGUCGUGUCCAUAGACGCGAUGUAUCCUGGGAGAUUGGGAUGA